AUGAUUGUAACCGACAACAAAUUUGACGAACAGAAUUCUAAUUCUACUCUACCUAUCAUUACUAAUUGGUUCAAUUUUGAUCAUGACAACGACAGAGUCAGUGAACUUAGUUUAAAACGGGAUGCGAAUGUCUCUUCAGAUACAAAAUUCUAUUUGACAGCAAAUUCUAAUUGGAUUCGCAUGAAUGGAAUCUCGAAUGAACUUUCCACACACUCGGUCAUUGCUUAUUGCACCAGUUUUCCGCUGCCAGCAAUGCACAUUUGA